UCUCUCUCUCAGUCAUGGCUCGGUUUGUGCUCACAGGACGUUUCUUGAAUCUCAGACCCGACCUGACCAGAGUCCUGACAGCAGCUCGAACUUACUGCUCGUCCUCAGGGGCGUCGGCUCGGCGGCGUGUGAACGGCGUGGAUCUGUUCUACGAGCAGACGGGUCGAGGGGAGCACGCCGUGCUGCUGCUUCCUGGAGCUCUGGGAAGCGGGAGGACGGAUUUCGGACCUCAGCUCAAGUCUCUGAACAAGGAACGCUUCACUGUGAUUGGCUGGGACCCUCGUGGUUACGGACGAUCCCGCCCCCCGGACAGAGACUUUCCCGCCGACUUCUACGAGCGAGAUGCAGCAGAUGCUGUGGAUCUGAUGAAGUCCCUGGGUUUCUGUAAGUUCUCUCUGUUGGGCUGGAGCGACGGAGGCAUCACUUCUCUGAUCGCAGCAGCCAGGAGCCCGGACCUGAUCCACAAGCUGGUGGUGUGGGGAGCCAACGCCUUCGUCACCCAGCACGACUUGGACCUUUACAACGCGGUCCGGGACGUCUCCAAGUGGAGUGCGAGGAUGAGGAAGCCGAUGGAGGACGUGUACGGAGCAGAAGUCUUUGCUCGAACCUGGGCAGCCUGGGUGGAUGGAAUCACGCAGUUCAUCAAGAGACCAGAAGGGAGCAUCUGCAUGGAGUGUCUGCCCCUCAUCACCUGUCCGACCCUCGUGGUCCAUGGAGAGAAAGACCCCAUGGUUCCCAUCUUCCACUCACAGUAUCUCCACAAACACAUCAGAGAAUCUCGAUUACAUCUGAUGCCAGAGGGGAAACACAAUCUGCACCUGAGGUUCUCUGAGGAAUUCAACAAACUGGUGGAAGACUUUUUGGAAGAAUGACUUAAACAGUGAGACAAUCACAUCUAUAAGUCACUGAUCACUGCAAAUAUUCAUAUUCAAAGAUUAUAUUUAGUAAUUUAUUCGAUUUCUACCCAGCUCAUUUCCAAAAUACUUUUACAGUAAAUCUUAAUGUCAAUUUUUUUAUAAUUUGUAAGGAAAGGUGGUACCUUGUUUGUCAUAUUGUGUUACUCAGCAAUAUUUGAACCUGUGGCUGUUACACAUAAAAGUGAGAAGCUUGAUCAAUAAAUUGAUCUUGAACUGA